GUCAGACCCGUUGUAAACAUCUUUUCAAGUCCAGAAAACAGCAGAUUACCCAUUGGUGCCUCCAUUACCCUGAAUUGUACAGCGGAGCCCAGAACAGAAGAUUCAGGAUAUCUGGAUAGAUGGGUCAAUUAUAUCAAGUGGUAUGAUCCACAGGAUAAUGAAGUUGGAGCUAAAUGCAAUCAGCCUUCAAACAAACGGGCAUACAAACGUAAAUUAAGCUGUCCAUUAGUGCUUAAAAAUCUGACAGUUGACAAAUUUGGCCGCUACACCUGCCAAGCUGGCAAUGGUUACAGAAACCACUGCACAAGGAAAUCAUUCGAAAUAUUGAUUCAAGGUAAGAAACCAGGCUUAUCAUACCUUUAUUAAGCAAUUUUUUCCACUCGCGCUUGUUGGAUAUGCGAUGAUAGAUGACCAACGAGGCUCAUAGGGCCGAGUUAGCUAUCAUCUUGUAUUCAACAAGUGCGAGUGGAAUAAUUGUUGAAUCAAAAACGCCCCAGGACAUAUAUACAUAAAUCUUCCCAACUUUAUUUUGCAAGAACAAACGGAAUGUUACAAUGUACAAAAACGCUUCCGGUGUAACUCGUCUUCAUGCGCGCACAUGGUCUAAUGACCCAUAACCUAUAUUGGCUUAGUCAUGAAAACUUUUGAAUUGCAUUAUCCAAUGAUCCCGUUUUUGAAAAUACGAAGAUGAAUGCCGAAAAUGUUUCAUUCAGGAAUAAGGAGUCCCAAAUAAUCAGCUUCUAAGAAACUCCUGGAAUGUAUGGAAAGGAAAGUCCAAUACAUAAUUCAUUGAAAAAGGAAAAUUACACUGUGGUCAUUAGGGAUUAAUAGAUUAUGCUCGGCAACUUUUGAGCAACUUUUAGUGUUUUCAGCAACUUUUUGUACUGCGAGCAAAUUACAAAUGCAACGUCAUGUUUUGAGUAGUAAUCUUGAACAAAAUGACUUUCAAAAGUAAGCAACUUUUUUAAAUUUGGGUGGCAACUUUUGAGCAACUUUAGAGCAAACUUUUGGGUGUAUUGUCAAACAACUUUUGUUGGAUUUACUAGUACAAUCUAUUCGCACCCAGUGGCCAUUGGCUAACAAGACGCGAAAUGCACCGCUUAAAGAACGAAAUUCUUCACGCAGAUAACGAUUAAAUUUGAAUCGGGAGCAAUUCAAUUGACCUGUCCUGAUGCAUAUCGCAUUACUUUGUACAGUUGAACCUGUAUUAAGCGGCCAUUCACUGGGAAUGGUGGUGUGACCAAUUAAUGCAGGUUCCACGUAAAAGGAGUAUUAUUAAAAAAAUAUAAAAACAAAAUCGAAACAUACACAACGCCACUAACGCCACUAUUAUAAUUGGCCACUUUAUGUACAGAAUCUCGCUCAAAUUUACUUCGAUUUUGGGAGAGAAACAUGGAUAAAAAAGUAUUUGAAGGAUUAUUCUUGUUUUUAUUAGGGUGGUUGGGCUAUAAAUGGCCGUUCAAAACAGAUGGAAGGCAAUGCAAAAGGCCGUUGGGACUUAGUAAAGUUCGACUGCGACCGCUAAGUAGAGGCAACCGCUUAAUACAGGUGCAAAUUACAGUGAUUAAGGGGAAACAAAUUGGGACUUUGGUAGCUGACAAACACUAAUGCAACUGACUGCUUAAUACAGGGGUGAUUGCUGAAUACGGUGCUGGCAAUGCUGAAGCAAAAAAAACCCAACAUAUUCUUCGGAAGAUGAGAAAAGAAUUAUUUUGUGAAACAAAAAUAAACGAAUGAUAAUUAUUAGAAUGAAUAAAAGAAGAGGUUCACACUCCGGCCAGGGAGGGUUGGCCUGAAAUAGUUCCUUCUUUGUACCUGCAUAUGCAGUUCAUCUUGUUGUGCGGCACAAAAGUGUGAUAGCGAAAAUAUCUUCUCAUUCUGCCGUCAUUUGCUAAUUGAAUAAGCUUCAUACCAGAUUAUCUCAGUAAUAAUUGGGGAUAUCUAUUGCAAUUAGUACUUUUUCCCUACAGGUCCUGCGCCAGAGUUAGUAGGAGUUCCUCGGAACCAAAGCACUGAUAUAGGGGCCAAUGUAACUUUCAACUGCACUGCCACAGGUCUUCCUGGGACAAGCAUCUCAUGGAUAAAAGACAAUGACUCAUUUGCCUUACAGUCCAACCCAAGGGUGAUAUUCAUCAAUAAUCCACAUUCAUCAACAAUCCAAAAAACCAUGCAAAGCCAGUUGUUUAUUACAGGAGUGAAGAAAGAAGAUUUUGGCAAAUAUCAAUGUGAGGCAAAAAACAGUGCUGGUAAAAAUUUGUCGUUGCCAGCUUUCUUAUCCUCGAAAGUUUCAGGUUAGACAUGAAUAUGCAUUUGUGUUUGUCUUACUUAUCAUUUCAAAGUUGAAAGCCCACGAAGUCUUCCACUUGCAUGUCAACUCAGCCUCCCAACUGAAGUUCCCCCAACACCAAGUAAGCGAGAUAGGCUCGGUUUUUGGAUGAUUGCCUCUUGGUGUACAUUUCCGUAGAUUGUAAAAAAAAACUCUAAGAGUGUCACCAGAGUAUCAAGAGCUAGAAAAUAAACAGUGUUUUCUGUUAAAUGUUUAUACAAAAUUUUAAAGUUAUUAUUUCACUUUCAGCCGUUCCCUGUACCUUCUCAGUCCUCUUAUCAUCAGAGACUCCCCAUUAGAUUCAAUCCUCUUCAAAACAGGUCUUGAAAUUCUUUCUGUGUCAAUUUGCAGAUGCCCAGAAACCUGAGAUCGUUGAAGGUCCAAAGAACCAAAGCGUUCUGAUCGGCUCCAAUGCUACCUUAAGCUGCACUGCUAGGGGUCUCCCAAGGCCAACAAUCCACUGGAUAAAGGACAAUGCUUCAUAUCCUUUACAGUCUAACCCCAGAGCACGUGUAAUUCCAGACGGGCGAACGAAUCGCAGCCAGCUUUUUAUAAUGAGAGUAGAGAUGGGAGACUAUGGAAAAUAUCAAUGCAUUGCAAAUAAUAGCAUUGGAAGAAGCCAAUCAGGAGUGGCUGUCUUGAAAAAAGGUACGAUUUUUUUUUCAAUGGAAGGGAAAAAAAUAGGGUAAGAGGGAUCCUUCUUGACUACGAGUGCUGUUGAUAAGAACAACCUGUUUGUUACUACAUUUGUUUUAUCCUUCAUCCACAGCAACUCCUACUCCCACCUCCAUGAACGGAAAGCCAAAAAAUUCAGCAUCAAAGACAACUAUAGUCGCUGUAUCGUGCACUUUGGCAGCUGCAGUUAUUUGUGCAGUCACUGGGUUUCUGUGGAGUCGGUGUAAAAAUCGUGAUAAAGAGGUAAAUAAAAUGUUACGUGACAUCCCCACACAGGGUAAUGAUCUCUGUCCGUCAUAUGACUUUGCUUGUGCUGACGUCCAGAGGAAUGCUGAGAUUGACCAGCCAAGAAUCAUGCAUUUUCCUCGGGGGGUAAGAUGCAGAGUCGAGAAAAACUUCCCAAAUUUAACUGCUUAUCAUAACUACUAUUAUUGUUUUUGUUAUUAUUACGAACUCUUUUCCCUUUAAUGAUUAUUUUCGUCAGUUUGGCCUUAUUUAGCCAAUGAAUAAAGGGGGUGAGUUUCUAUAGAAACUGUGAUGCUGCGUCGGUAGGAGAGUAUAGCAGGUAAUUUAGUGUUAACAACUGAGUUGAAAACGUGAAUUGGCCACCGUAAAGAGUAAAAAAAAAAACGUUUUGAGCGCUAGCACCUCGUCAGAGCCAUUGGAGGAAUUGUGGGUUGUGUGUGGAUUUACAUGCAGAAAGUGGAGCUACGCGAUUGGCGAGAAUAUGGUGACGAGAAAACAGGAAUAAAUUAGUUGAAUGAAAAGCACUCGUUGAUUCCGUGGGGAUUAAGGGUGCCGAUUUGGAAGAUAAAUUUUUGUGCUAGUGUUUUGCGGCUUUCCGAACUGCCUACACAUAAGGAAAGGCCGCAAACUGCCAUAUACUGUUUAGAAUGAUUAGGGAGAUUAAAGUGUCUAGCGACUGGUUUGGAUGCGUCCUUGGGUCAUUUCUUUCCACGUCGCGAGGGUGUUUUCGGAAUCGGUCACCUAGUCGUCUUCCUGUUUCGCCAAUGCAUAACCUAUUUCAAGAAGUGCAGGUUAUGCAGGAAAUAACAUUGGCGGAGGUACACGUAAAGUGAUCAGUGAUCUUAAUGGAUCUCUUGGGUCCCGAUAUUUUCUCUACGUUAUGAAUGAAAGGACAAGUGUCAGAGAACACCUUCGCGACGUGGAAAUAAAUGAAAAGGACGCAUCCAAAGCAGUCGCUGAUGAUGAUAAAAGCUAAACACGUUUCUUGGAUAAAUAUCACAAUUGCCUAUUCUCUUCAAUUAUAUGAAAGGGACGAAAACGAACAAGAAAGUUGUAUUUGAUAAAAGACAAACACUUAAAAGAUGGGAUACAGGACCUUGAAAACAAUCGGUCGCCCAAUACCCAAACCAUCGAGACCCCCGUGGAAAGGCUCCCGUUAGUGGGAGAUGGAGUAGGGGACAGACUGCCUCCAGACGGAAGCGAGCAGGAUAAUUUGGUGCUAGGUAUAAAGGAAAGAGGCCAAGAGAGAUUAGAGUCGGGUGAGGGGAUAGCUGAUGCUGACAUUUUCACACCUGACAAACACCUGAGUGUCGACGAACAGCAGGAUUGUGGAGAGAUAUCUGAAGAGACCGAGGAAGGAUCCGAAAACUUGGAAAAUCUUGAAGUGUUCGAUGAAAUACUCGGAGAAGGCGAAUUUGGAAUCGUCUACAAAGGUCGAUAUAGUGGGAAAGAUGGAAACAUAACGGAUGUAGCUGUGAAGAAGUUAAAAGGUAGGUACACGAAAUCGAAAUGUCUACUUUUUAUUUCCUAAGUACAGUGGUAUACUUCUAAACUGAUUUUUCUUGUUCGAAGCUAUGUGCCAUCUUAAUUUUCCACCAUUUUUCUUUUGGUGAAAAACAGCCAUAAAGUCUGCUAUUGUCCCCUCUGAACGCUUUCUACAGCCUUAACCAAGCCAGUUUUUUUUCCAUAUAUAAUUUUGUUACCAUAGCUAGAUACGAUGAGCGAACUACGUAAAAUGAAGAAAUAUAAGAAAUUCCCUUGUUUUUUUUUUCUCUAUUUCAUUAUAGACCCUAGUGCCAUUGCCAAAGAAACCCUGCUUAAUGAGAUAAGGACCUUAAAGCAAGCUGGGAAACAUCCUAAUAUUGUCACUUUGAUUGGGACAAGGAUAGAGAGAGGUAAGUCAGUUUUCAACGAUGCAACGUCUUAGAAAUAUGCAUGUUUACUGGGUGAUUGAGAGUAACAAGGUAACGUUUCAGCCGUCUGUAAGGUCAGUUAGAACAGUGCAGGUACUGACCUUAUGAUUAAAGAAAGAUAAGAACAUUUUUCAGGUUUAACUUCGCGGAAGUUCAUAUGGAAUUUUUCCUGUUUUUUUGGCCACAAACUAAACUUGAAUUACCAACAAAUCAUCUUUUGAUCAACUCAAGGUGACAAUAAUGUCUAAUUUCUUUCUCUUGUCAACUCUAAUGUGUUUGCUCUACUCUCACAAGGAAACGUUCUUGUGGUCACUGAAGUGAUUCAUGGUGGCAGUCUGGAAAAUCUUUUGAGGGCACCAGGGGAAAGGAACAAUUAUCAUAACGUCUGCUGUAAGCUGAAUGACCGGCAACUGGUCAUAAUUGCAUUUCAAAUCGCCACCGGAAUGCAACACUUAGAGGAGAGAAAGGUAAGACUCGCUAGCAGUGUGUAGAAAUAAAUGUAAUGUUAAAUUUGUCAAACUUCCAUUAGAGAUGGCUGCUCUCAAGAGAUUACAAACAGUUUAUAAUCUCUUGCUGCACUAAAUAUAACGCGGGCAGUUCGAAGUUGUGAAGUGGCUUAAGGACACAUUCAAGAUCUUUUGCAUUUUUUUAUAGGCCACCCAAUCAUUCGUGAGCCUUUGUUAAGCCUGUGUUUAUGACGCAGGCAAUCUCAGCUUGUAAAUUAGCUUCAGGACACAAUGAGGAUCUUUCACACUUUCGUAUAGGCCACUCAAUCAUUGAGCGUCUCUAAGCAAAAAAAUUAUACAUUGUCUUCUCUUACAGUUUGUCCAUCGCGACCUAGCAGCGAGGAAUAUUUUAGUUGAUGCCAACUUGGUGGCUAAAGUUGGAGACUUUGGAUUAGCCAGGGAUAUAUCCGCUGCUGGUAUAUACACCAUAACCUCUAGCGUAAGUACAACGACUAAACAGACAAAUUAAACAAGCUGAAAUGCAUCUAAAUUGAUGCUCUUCCUCAGUGCAAUCGAGUAGAAUAAAUUAAUUUCUUCUAACGAUAUAAUUUGCAAUGAAACUCUCAAUGAGCUGUGUAUUAUGUGAUACAUUUACUUAAUUAAUCAUAACAAUUACAGUUUUCGUUAAAAGUUAUUGAUGCACUAGGCGUUUUAUAUUUCACAAUUUUUCCGUAGAUUUGUAAUCGGACAGUUGGCUGUAAUUGGACACCUGUAAUCGGACAGUUAAAGCAGCCAAUUCUACUUUACCCACUCAGUCAAAUCCACCAAACACAGAACUGAUCACAGAACAAUAGCAACAACUAUUUUACCCAACCAAACAGGGGAGUUUCGUGACAAACAAAUCGGACUCCCGCUUGGUGGCCGUCUGAUUUUUUAAUCACUCGUAUGAUAACAGACCGAAUUGAAUUCACCUCGGUCUUAUUACCAUUAUUAAUUAUGGGUUACUUUCUGAACUUAUGAUAAUGUUAAUAACAAUAAUAAUAACGGUCACAGUAACUAUUACUCUGGAUUUUACUAGAAAUUAAUAAUAAUUACCAACUAUCACAUAUCUUAAAGUCGAAAAAGAACUCGCUUACUAUUAAUGAAUGCAUCCUUCCGUUUCAUAAGUCAUCCGCUUCCCAGUUUCAAAGGGCAUUGCCUGCACUACAAACAGUAGCUUGCUCACAUGAAUCCAACUUUUCAACAGGGAAAGGUUCCGUGGAGAUGGUCGUCGUUAGAAUCUCUACGAGAUCUCCAUUUUACAUCCAUGAGUGAUGUGUAAGUUUUGUUUUGGAUUUAAUACUGUCAGAUUUGUUUCCCUUGAGAUUGAUUCGGAAGUACUGCCUAGUGGAAAGGAUUUCCGAAAAAAAACUUCUGCCGUGCACUCUGGUAUAUUCUGUGGAGCAUUAUUAUGGUUAUAUCUGGGCUUCAUUUUACGUUCUUUGUUCGUGUGCAUGGUGUAUCUAUACCUAUUUGCAUUUAUGGACACACCAUGAGAACUUAGUAUGACUUAAGUAAUUCCUUCCUUCAAAUCGAGCAUCAUAUGCUUAUUUUACCUGAUUGAAAUUGAUACCAGAGGCAAGGUCCACAUAAGACGAAAGACUCAACCAAGUCUUGAGUGAUGUAAAUAUCCAUGAAAAACUAAAAGAAUACAACGAGACUCGAUCUUUAAUCAAUUCAGCGCUAAUCGUUCGAAUUCCCUAUUCAUUGAAGUUAUUAACCCUUUCACUCCCAAGAUCUCAUGGUUAAUUCUCCUUACUGUCUGCCAUAAAAUUCUUUAGAUUUUAUUCGGAGAAUUUGGUAUGGGUUCAACUAAUAAUCUCCUUCUUGAUAUAUAUUUUUUAUUCUCAUUACUUAUCUGGUUGAUAUUGUAUGGAUAUUGUGAGGAGAAAUUCUGUCCUGGUCACUCAUGGGAGUUAAAGGGUUAAAGCCUUGAUGUAUAUUUGCAGGUGGUCAUUUGGUAUCGUUUUAUGGGAAAUCACCACUUAUGGUAAGUGUGACGUGUUACUAUGUGCGACUUAAACGAUAUCCUGAGAACUACAAGUCAUAUUCUCGUCAUGAGGCUUCAAUCCGUAAAGCAACCAAAGUUAGCAAGGCUCUUCUGUAAAGCUAACUGUAUAGACACAAGUAUCUUCAUUUUGACAAUGAUUAUUGCCAGUCAGACGAAACUGAACAAGAUGAGAAGGCCACUUCCAGGUAUAAGUUGUGCUCGUGUCAAACAUUUUAUACGUGUUAUAUCUUAUUUGUCACAGUGCUGCACUUAAUUUUAUCUAUCUAAAUCAUAAAGUCUUAGCAAGUCUCUAUUCUAUUCACAAAGCUAUUGCUGAAGUACUUAUUGUCUUAGAUGAUAUUCCUAAAAAACUGAAAUGGUUAAAUCAUAUCUUCUUUCCGCCAAACAGGUGAGUUGCCAUACCCUAACAUCACAUCACCAAUUGCCUUAGUAAAUCGACUUGCCUCAGGAUACCGGAUGUCUCGUCCCGACCGAUGUUCGGAAGAACUGUAAGCUCUAAAGUCUUGAAUAAUGCAAAUAAAAUUAAAUUGAAUCAUAAUUGAAUAUGAAGACGGCUUCAAAUAAUGGACGUUUACUUUCCGGAUUCUCUUAAGAAUAAUCGAAAAACGUUUUUUAGCGCAAGACCGCUGACCCACUUUUUCUCGUUGAAAAUCAAAACGAUGCAUUGAAUCAGUCGUGAUGAUUUAAGAACAAUUUGUACAUCAAAUCAAAUGUCACAUUCGGAUGAUCAUUGUCCUGAGUUCAAAAUCCCCUCUUUGCAACCCCUUUCCACGCUUGGUAUGGUCAAUUUAGAUGUUGAGAGUAUUAGCUGCGAGACAAUGUUAGCUAAUACUGUAUUGAAUUUUUAGAUAUGAGCUCAUGAGUUCUUGUUGGAAAGAAAAUCCUUUGAUGAGACCAGCCUUUUCGCAGAUCGCCCAACAGCUGAAGAACUUUUUGCGAGAAGUGAAGGUAAUUAAUGGUUGUAUUUAGAAGCUUUCCAUUUCUUCCCUUCCUUUCGCUUUUCUCAAAAUGAUGUCUGCCCUCUUCUUCCUUCUUCCAUCUUUACUUCCCUUCACCCUUCCAUGGAUCCCUCUGUCACUUUGUCAGUCCUUCUGAUAAACCUUUUAUCUCCAACUGCAGCUAUCGACCCAUCCAUUCGUACACAUAGUCAUCAAUCCACUUCCUUUUCUGUCUAUCUAUAUGACCUUAGCUCCCAUUCGUUCCUUAUUUUGCUUGUUCCUGAAAUCAUCCUUUCUUAGAUUUAAUUCAUAAACGGUACGGCCGUUUUUUCUUUCCUUGUUCAUAUUUUUUGUGACUAAUUUAUUCUAAUGAUUUAUUUCAGAGGACAUAUACAAAUAUCACAGAGGUCAACGAUGGAGAAGCUUGA